AUGCUGGACACCAAGGACCCGCUGUCAGACAUGAUCAUCAACAUCAAGAACGCGGGUCUGCUGUCGCUACGGAUUUGGCGCCAGGUGCUCGGCUUGUCCGAGUGCAAGGUCGCUACCAACCUGUCCGGAAGCCUCUUCCACCCUUCGUGCCGCAGCCACGACGCCAUCAAGGCUACACUCAAGCAUCACUCCGAGAACGAACUCGCGAUGCAGUCGCAGUUCGCCGGGCAUGUCAAGAAGGUUUUGGAGGAGCUCGGAGGAUCGCAAGCAGCGGCCUUGGUCCACUUAUACCGUGCGACCCCCGAGCAGCAUGGCCAGUGUUCAAAGGAGGGAGCCUCGGACGACCUGCGAGCCGUGUGGUUCGAACCGUUCGAACCAGAGAUGGACGGCGCUUUGUCUCCGCGUGUGCUGUCCACUCUCCGACCUCUGGCGGAUGACGUCCACCUAGGGCCCAUGAUUUGCAGGAGGAGUUCCCGGGCAAUGCAGGGAUCCUUGGUCCGACGCGAAACGGCUUCCGAGGCGCGGCGUCAAACGGAACACUGUGGUUCGUGA